AUGGCAAGUGCUAUUUUCUUUAUGACGUAUAUUCUUUUGGGAAUUUUUGAUUCUCGACGAUUCGUCAUUUCUGAUGUAUGUCUUAUAAUUUACUAUGCAUAUUGCAUAGCUAGUGUUCAAAUACCAUUUGCAUUUGUUGCAUUUACUACGUAUCGAUUUUGUUUAAUACUAUAUCAUACUCGGCCUUUCUUUCGAACAAAUAAAUGGGUUAUAUUAUGCAUUGGUGGACAAUGGAUUAGUGAAUUUGUUAUUUCAGCGCCACUGUUUCUUUUACUACAUGAUUAUUGCCAACUUCCAUCAUGGAUACUCAUUUAUUUAUGCAUUUGGGUCACUAUAAUACCAUCAUUUAUUAAUGCUAUUUUAAAUAUUCGCAUGUUCAUUUAUGUUCGAUCGUCAGCUCAUCGUGUUCAACCUGCAUUUACUGUUAGUAAAGUUACAAAAGUAACUAACGUUCAACAGCAGCAGCAGCAGCAACAGCAACGAUCAUUGAUUAGUCGUCGAGAAAUAUCAUUAUUACGACAAAUGAUUCUUAUGUUUAUUACGUUUAUGGGUGGUUGGGGUCCAACAUAUAUUCUAUUAUUUAUUACUGAAUAUAUUUCUGUCAAUAAAAUUAUACGUUCAUCUUUGGAAUUAUUAUGCAUAUCAUCUUUAUUAGUUUUAACUAUCAAUUUAAUCAUAUGUAAUCGUGAUAUACGACAACACUUAUUUACUAAAAUUUGCUGCUGUUUUGUUCAUGGAUGA